UAAUCACUUAUUCUUCACUUGCGUGACCAUUUCUCUUAACUUCUCACACUCCCCUUUCUCCACAGUUCUACUACUCCACUACUUGAAACUUGAAGCUCUUUUUCUCUCUCUUUCUUCCUAGGAAAAAGACUUUAAAUCAGAUCUCUAAAAUUCUUUCUAUCUUCUUUCACCUGAAAAACUAAAAUGAAGAAAGUGGUGCUGAAAUUGGAUGUCCAUGAUGAGAAGUGCAAGCAAAAGGCAAUGAAGAUGGCAUCUACUCUUUCUGGGCUAGAUUCAAUCUCAAUGGACAUGAAAGAGAAGAAAUUGACACUAACCGGAGACAUAGAUCCGGUGGCAAUAGUGAGUAAAUUGAGGAAGGUCUAUCACACAGAAAUUGUCUCAGUUGGGCCAGCAAAAGAGCCCGAAAAGAAGAAAGAUGAGCCCAAGAAAGAAGAGCCCAAGAAACAUCAAAACAAGAAAAAUGGGUCCAAAGAUCAGGCCCAAGUGGGCGAGCUUGUAACGGGCUUCCACACUCUUCCCUAUAAUAUACACUAUUAUGCUGAAAGCAUGGAAGAAAAUCCUAACUCUUGUGUUAUUUGUUGAUUAGUGAGUAGUUUAAAGGUUAAUGACAAUUAUGAUAAUAUUUGGUCUUUCCAUGAGUUAAACUCGUAUUUCAGUUAGGGUGUAGAAGAGAAGCUUAAAGUAUAUAGUAUGGAUAAGAUUUGAAGAGUUUGGAGGAUUGUUGUAUUACACAUAUGCUUAUCUCAAUUGAUGAAUGUAAUA